CAACGGAGACGCUCAUAAAAUCUAGCUAACCAUUGCUUAGUUUACUAAAUUGACUAGCUAGCUACGCAAUCGUAAUAGGAAUUGCAUAGGCAUUUGCAAAUUAGCUACAUUAGCCAGCAUAACAUGUAUGUCGUAGUGAAUUAUACACGAAGAUUACAGACCCUAGCAUUUAAUCUAGGGUCUUCGUGCUACCACCAAGGUGUCACAGGAGCUUCCAUAACGUCACAGGACCGAAAAUCCAAGCAAAACUUUAGCUGUUGUCGUUGGACUCAUCUGAUAACUUUAGUACAUCAAUACAGUACCCGAAUUAGCAACUCUAAGGUGCCCAGGGUAGCAACAUGGGAGCCUGUAUUGGAGAACCAGCUACCCCCACCUUGCCAAAUUCCUGUAGACCUUGUUGACAAAUUGGAGCGAUUAGCCCUGGUGGAUUUCCGCAACCAGGAGGGGCUGGCCUGUCUGGAGAAAGCCAUCCGAUUUGCAGAUCAGCUCCAUGUUGUUGACACAGAUGGGGUUGACCCAAUGGAUUCAGUUCUGGAGGAAAGGGCACUGUAUCUGAGGGAGGAUGCCGUGGCAGAGGGUGACUGUGCAGAGGAACUGCUCCAGCUCUCUAAAAACACAGUGGAGGAGUACUUUGUGGCACCGCCAGGUAACAUUCCACUACCGAAGAGAGAGGAGAGAGCUGCCAUGUUGAAGCACUCUGAGUUCUGACUCAAAAGACCUCUGCAAAGAAAUCCAUGGCUAAAUGAUAAAGACUGACCAACCAUCAAGAGGGUCAGGGCUUGGCAUGUAUUAAGGUACCUUCAAACCAGACGAACUGAAGCCAAAUCAAAGAAAGAUCAUCCAGUGUUGUUGAUCCGUGUGUGUGUACUCCCUUAUGUAUGCAAUGUAUUCUCUGAACAUUAUGUUGAAAAAGCAGAAAACCAUCACUCCAAUGGUACAUACUUUGUGGGUGCUCUGCAAAUGAUUAUCAAGGACUAAAGAGGCAACCAAUGGAUGUACAAUUCAUGCAUUCAGGAACUAAAACAAAUAAACAUACUAAGAGUCCUCACUUUAUUUGAAAAAAAUAACACUUUUUAACAAAGCUGUUACGAGAUACAAAGAUUAUUUUGAGAAUGGGGCAGGAGAAAGAAAUAAUUUCAUUCUCACGUAAAAUAAAAAAGAGGAACAAAAUGGA